AUGGCAAAACGUUCGGGAUCCUACAAGAAGUAUUUGGAGGAUGGCACAGAACGAAUCCCGAAAAGAACACGGAACAGAUGGAAGCUAGCAAAAAGACGCAAGGAGGCUGUCCCCAAUGAAGAAAACAAUGAAGAUGAUGAUUCCUUGCAAAAUGUGGUCAUACACGAUAAAAAUUUCACAGAAAAUGAAGAUGAGGAAAACUCUUCUACUGGUUCUCAAGAGAUCAAAGAAUACCCAUCAGAGUCUGAAAUGGACAUGUUUGAUGUCGACAGCAUUGAAGAUGAAAAUGUGGAGACUGAAGACCUGGAUUUCAACGCAAAAGAAAACGCUCCUCAAUGUGCAAUGGUCAAUGAAGAUGGGGAAGAUGAUGGCAACAAGCCCUUGUAUCCUGGUGCUCCGGUUUCUAAAGGAGAGACUUUACUGAUGCUCAUGUCCUUUCUGUUGCGGCACAAUUUGACUGCCCCCACCCCCCCCGGACGGAUUGGUCUGGAGACCACCGAUGCAAAGUUGGAGGCACAGACUGUAGCGCUUUUCACGUUUCCAGCCGUCGAUGCGAGCAGCCGCCGUCUCACCCCAGUGCAAAGCCGUUUAUCACGGUUCGGCUCGAGGAUAAGCCGUCGUGCAGAGUGGCGACAUCCAGGCGUGGAGCCAGGGGACGCCACAGGAACGUCUCACAAAGAGCUCCCGGCCAUCACGCCGCUGAGCCGGAACAAGCUCAGAUGA